AUGGAGACCGGGAGCUUGGCGUCCCUGGCACCCCAGAGGGCUCAGACCAGCACGCAGCCCCUGGGAUCGCCGCCCGGGGAGGCGCGGGUGGAGAUGGCCUCGCCGUCCGUGGUGCAGCCGGAGCCCGAGCCCGAGCCCCAGCCCGAGCCCCAGCUGGAGCCGGAUGGCAGGCUGAGCUUCCGCGGAGGCGGCAGCGACCGGAGACGCCCGAGCCCCCCCCUGCUGAGACUGAGGCCCACCUCCCUGCAGAGCCAGGACAUCUCAUACCUGCUGACCAGCCUCUUCAAGAACCUGUACACUCUGGACGUGAUAGGAGAAGACAUAGGGAUGAACUUCAUCAGAUCCCGGGGCGGAGAAAACACCCACCAUGAGAAGCUUGUGGAGGAGCUGCAGAAGCUUCGAGAUGAGUACACCCAGAAGUUGGCAGACACAGACAUCAUUGAGAGGCACAUCAUUCAGGCCCGGGCUCGGGCCUUGGCGGAAGAAGAAAGGGUCCUGAACAACAUCAAGGCCCAGGGAUUUGGUACCGUCUGCUUGCCUCCAGUGAAGUCGGCCUUCAGGUGGUGCGUGGACGGCGAGGUGCUGAGGAACAGCGGCUUGAUUUGCCCUGGUGAUUACGUCCGUGACCCUCUGCCUUUCUCCCGAGCACCCAAAGGGCCAGGCCAGUCUGUUCAGCCCGGACACUUGGAAAGCCGGCUGUCCCUGGCUCCUCCUGGGGCCUGGGGUGGCAAGGAUCUUCAGGAUGAGGGCUCUUUCUCCAUCUUGGGUCCCUCUGGCAGUCCCUUCUGGGCUCAGAUCGCUCUUCAGAAGGGGGCGCUGAGUGCCCGGGGCCUUGCCAAGGCGGGGUCACAGUCCGCUUCCUUGAUCUCCCCUCUCUGUGCCCCAACUGCCCCCAUCCUCGUCACUGACUUCCCUCUUCUCUUGGUUCUCUCUUGUGAGUACUCAUCCUCGCCCUGCUUCGCUUCGGAUGCCCAGAGGAUGCUUCCACGCCCCAUCCCCUCUCUGGCCUCCCACAGACACCCUCUGCCCCCAUUGCCCCAACCAGCCCCUUCCCCUCCAGGGAAGACCGAGCGCCUUCUGAGCAUCCAGCAAACAGCACAGUGUAGGCGCGUAGGCAAUGUUCAGGUCACAGAGAUGGUCAGCAAGAAGAAGCUGCCCGCCAUCCCUUCUGAAGUGUCCUUGUCUACCCUGACGAAGUGCUCGACACCGGAAGUGAAGCCCCCCAAAGUGGUCAAGAAAUGUUACUUUCCAAAGAAUAAGAUGUGGAUGAAUCACUCAAACACGGCCCAGAGGGUGCAGGAGCGACAGCUUCUUGCCAAAUUGGAGAACCAGCACAGUUUUCUCAAGAACCCUCGCUUUUUCCCACCCAACACUGUGCGUGGAGGCAAGUCCCUCAUCCUUCCUCUAAAGAAGACAGGCGCAGUGGGAGACGAACGCAGUGUGGAGUUCAGUGCGAGAAAUUUUGAUGAUGCUCCGGUGUUUCUAGCUAAGCCAUCAGUGGCUUUUUUUACUGAUUAUGUAAUUGGACCAGUUUACGAGAUCGUGCUCGAGCUGCAGAACGUGACGUCCGCCAGCCGCCACCUGAGAGUCCUCCCUCCAUCCACGCCGUACUUUUCUCUGGGCCUAGGACAAUUCCCAGGAAAAGGAGGACUGGUGGCCCCUGGGAUGAUCUGCCAGUAUACAGUGCGCUUUGCUCCUGACAGCCUUGGAGAUUUUGACGAUUUUAUUUUAGUGGAGACUCAGGCGGCCCACACCCUUGUGAUCCCCUUACAGGCCAGGAGAUCACCUCCAAUAUUGACACUGGCUCUGUCCUUAGACUGUGGUUACUGCCUCGUUGGCGGAAUCAAGGUGACUAGAUUCAUCUGCAAGAAUGUGGGGCUGAGCACAGGCAGGUUCUGCAUCAUGCCCAAGUCGUCCUGGCCGCCUCCUAGUUUCAGGGCGGUCGCUAAUGUUGGCUUUGUGGAACAGGCGCCCUUUGGAGUCCUGCCAGCUGUCUUUGAGCUCAUCCCAGGACAGGAGCUGCUCCUGGAGGUGUUGUUUCUUCCAACUUCCCUGCAAACUGUGGAGAAAUCUUUCAUCAUUGUAUGUGACAAUUGUCAGAUCAAAGAAGUCAUCAUUUCAGGAACUGGUCAGCUGGUUGCCCUGGAACUCCUCUAUGUGUCUGGUGAGGCCAGCCAUCCUGAGCCGGGGGAGUUCACGGACCUGACUGCUCAGCACUUCAUCCGCUUUGAGUCCCAAAAUAUCCAGACGACAACCUCAAAACACCUCAUUGUAAGAAACCUGACGCAUGUGGCCCUGCCCUUUCACUGGCAGAUUACGAAGCCCAAUCUGCUGCCACUGAUGCCAGGAGAGAUCUGGAGCUCUGAGGACAUCAGGUACUACCCUGACUCCGAGACCGCCUUCUACGUCACUCCCAGGAAGGGCAGCCUUCAGCCUCAUGCCGACCAUGAGUUCAUCCUGAGCUUUUCGCCCGAGCAGCUGAAAAACUACCACAGUGUGAUCCAGAUUGUGCUGGAGGAGGUCCCUGACCCCAUUUGUCCAGAAAACGAGAAUAUGCGUGAAUUACCGUGUGCCAUGGAUGACAUCAUUGCCCUGGAAAUCGAGGUGAAAGGCUCCGUGGAGCCCUUCCAGAUUCUCCUGGAACCGUACGCCAUUAUCAUUCCUGGAGAAAACUACAUCGGAGUCAACGUGAAGAAAGACUUCAAGAUGUGGAACAACAGCAGAUCUGCUAUCUGGUACACAUGGGGGAAGAUAAGUGACUGCCACAUCGUUGAAGUGGAGCCGUGCACGGGGGUCAUAGAACCUAAUGAAAAGAGUGAGUUUGAAUUGAAUUUCACUGGCGGUGUUCCUGGAGUGACGAGCCAGGAGCUGCUGUGUAAAAUUGAGCGCUCCCCCGUACCCGUGGUGCUGCACAUUGAGGCCACCUUCAAGGGACCAGCACUCAACAUAGAUGUCUCAGCCCUGCAGUUCGGUCUGGUUCGACUGGGGAAGAAAGCAAUGGGCUUUGUAAGCAUUCAGAACACGAGCCAGCUCCCAGCAAAGUGGAAGAUGCAGGAGAGCCCUGCGUGCCUGGAGGACAGGAAGGAAAAAGUUUCUCCCUUCAUCAUUCAGCCCCCCUGGGGCUAUAUUCCUCCUCUGGGGCAGCUCCGCGUGACUGUUCUCUUUGAAGCUAAAUGCUGCCAGAGCCUCCGGACAGUCUUGGAGCUGCAGGUGGAGAACGGAGAGCCAAGCUACCUGCCUGUCUAUGGUGAAGUGCAGAGGCCUUAUGUCUACCUGAUGUCCAGCCAGCUUGUGCUCAGCGACAUGUACUUUGGCAUUCCCACUGAGGCCACCGUCACGCUCUUUAACGGGACACUCCUGCCCACCAAGUUCCUGUGGGGAAAGCUUCUGGGGACUCAUUCUGGCCUCUGCCUAGUGGACAUCUGCCCCAGAAAAGGCCUCCUGGGCCCCAAUGAGGAAAAGCAGGUCUACCUGGAGCUUACAGCCUUCACUAUGGAUGAGCUGACAGACCUUGUCCUCCUGUGUCAAAUAGAAGGGAUGAAAAAAUCUCUUGUUCUGGGCAUUUCAGGGAAGCCCAAAGGGCUGGAUGUGACCUUCUCAAUACCCCGGGCCGAUGGCCAAAGCAGUGAGGACCAGGACUUUUCAGUGAGCAGCCCUCAGGAUCUGUGCUUGGACUUCGGCUCCAAAGUUCCGUUGAGAUGUCUGCUGGAGCGGCAGCUGGUUCUGACCAACAAUUCCGCAAUAAGAGCAUCCUUUUCUCUGGAAUUUGAUUAUUUUGGGGUCACUGAAGAAAUCUGGGACAAAAAGCCGAGGCUCCCUGACGUACCACCUGCCAUGAGACAUUCAGUGAGGAUUGCAAAGCACUUGGCCAGGAGGGACCUUCUAGACUCCAUAGAAACUCUCUUAUCGAAAGGCAAAGGAGCCGCUUUCUUUCCUCACGUUUCCCAAGGGACAUUGGAUGCCUUCCAGAAGCUGACCAUUGACAUCACAGCGUGUAGCAACAUGUGGGGAGAUUACCAUGAUCAGCUCAUCUGCAAGGUGGAAAAUCUGCCCCCAACCAUCAUCGAGGUCCACAUGGGCGUGGCGGGCUGCCCCAUCACGCUGUUUAGGACCAGCCACCUGGCUGAUGAGCCUUCCCAGGACCGCGUUAUCAGGUUUGGCACUCAGAUCUCUGGAGGAGACACCGUCUCCCGCACUCUCCGCCUGAAUAACUCUAGUCCUUAUGACGUCAGGAUAGACUGGGAGACCUAUAACCCAGAAGAGAAUGAGGACAAACUCCUGGACUUCUUGGUGGUGUAUGGGACGCCCUUCCCCCUGAGGGAUGCUGCUGGAGUGGAGAUAGAGUCCAAGGAAGAGCCCAUGAGUGACUCCUCCUUGGUGGCCAGCUCCGGCCAGUCCUCUACCUCCCAGGGCAGCACGAAUCCAUCAGAAGCUGACAUUCCAUCCCAGAUGUCCAGUCAUCAGGGGAGAGGGGGAUGUGCAAUUGAGGCCUGGCUGGGGGUCACUGAGCCCUUGGAGCUGGCAAGGCCUGCCAGAGAGGGAGAUGGCGGAGAGCCUUGACCAUGGCUGGACCUGACUUGUUCAGAGGCCCAGAGCUUGGCUGGCCCAUCAGGGCAUGCCUGGUCUCUGGCUGCGGCAGGAGGGAGUGGAGAGCUGUGGGCCCGGGUCUCCUCGCUGCGUGGAAGUGGUCAGUGUCACUACUGCUCCAGCCAUGGGAGGGUCGCCACCAAUUCUGCUACUUGGCCUGGCUCCCAGCCUCACAGUUGGCGGGUUGGUUUGUUUUGUAAGCAAUACGGCAGUAGGAUGGGGAGUGAAGAAGAGCCUUCCUCACUCACGGCUGAGGGGAACCCCAACAUCAUCUCCGUGAUCCUGCAGCCCCAUGAGGGGGUGCGCUCUGACCACCCCUAUACCAUCACUCCCAAACAGCUGGUAAUUCCAGCUGCUGGGAGCAGCUCCAUCCAUGUCUCCUUCACGCCCAUGCUCCUGCCAGGGUCCAUCAGCAAGAUGGUGUGUAAAAGCUACGCCUUGGGUUUCAUGAGCCUGGACAACAAGAUUGCUCGAGAGAUCCCAGGAAAGGUGAAACGCCCCCAAAACUUCGAUGCCGAGGUCUUCCGACUGGACCUUCAGGGCCUCGUGAGGCCAGCUCGAUUGAGCAUUGAGAAUGACUAUGAUGGUGGAAUGGUGUUCUACCUGCAGGCCAGUGACCUCAUCCCAGCCAAUAUGCUCACAGGGGUGCUCCCCAAGCUGGUGACCACUCACCGCCUGAAGGUCAACAACUUCACGGAUAUGGCCCAUUGCUUCGGGCUCCUGGUGGCACCCCCUUUCUCUGUGACGGGGAUCAACCCUGAAUACAACCGGAGAAUCUUGGAUAGGGAGGUGGAAGAGGAAGAGGAGGAGCCGGCUGGAGAUCAGUUUGUACUCAACCCUCAGCAGAACAUGCUGCAGGCGAGGAUUCUCGAGGAACCCGCCAUGGUGGGCAGAGCUCCUUGGGGAGCUUGCAACCUGAAAGGAGUGAUGCUAAAACUUAGACCCACGGCUGCAGCCCCUGCCAUGGGAAGCAGGGAUGUGGAGGGCGGAGAGGGUGCUCGCUCCCAUGGCGAUGAGGUGGGGGCCAUAUCCCUCCAGAUCGAGGUGUCCUUCUCCCUGUCUCUGGAGUUACUGACGUACCGGAAGCUGCCAUCAGACCAGAUGCUGCCAGGAGUGAAGAUACUUCAAGAUGAAGAUGGGGCCAGGAAAAUGGAAUUCAGCCAAGAGCUGGUGUUGGAGUAUACCAACGAGACCACCCAGGUGGUGCCCCUCUUGGCCAUUGUGAGCAUUCCAUCCCUGCAGCUCUCCACCAGCUGGGUGGACUUUGGCACCUGCUUUGUGAAUGAGACGUACACCCGAGAGGUCACCCUGCUGAACCAGAGUUCCUGCCGAAGCCACUGGAUAGCUCUGACCGACAAGCAGGAGAGGCACAACGUCAUCUUUCAAGUCUACCCAACCAGUGGCGUACUGGAAGCUCGGAAAGUCAACUCCCCACCAACCUCCAUGAGCUUGUAUAUCCACUUUACUGCCAGUGACAGCUGCGAGUAUGAAGCAGUCGUGACGGUGGACGACAUUCUGGGAGAGGCCUGCAUCUUGCAUGUGCGUGGGCAAGGCUCCUACAAUGAGAAGUACUAGAUGCUGGUGGCCUGGCAUGGCCUUGGUCCCGUGAGCAGGACAGGUGUGGCAAUGAGCACCACUUUAAUAAAUGCAGAGCUUGCCUGA